GGUUUUUCUCUCUAAUCCCCAUUACCCCUCACCCGGGUUUGGGAGAAAAAAAUAAACCUUUCACAGGAAAACACGACGAAGUGACCAACCCGAUUCGCCAUUGGAAGGGCUUUCAAUCCCACCUUGUUACCGCCAACUCCUCUCUCUCUCUCUCUCACGAUUUACAACAAACUCGGAACAAUUCGAAGCUUCGAGGCCGUCCAAACGAGAAGGAGAAAAAAGAAGUUAUUUUUUUCCUUCGAAGAGUUGCAGAGAAGGAACGAUGCGAUCGUUGUGGUGGUGGAGAGCCUGCGAUACGGCAGCGGAAGGUCGUUAAUGGCCUAUCAAAUGACUUGGCAACCCAAUCUUCUUUACAGGCGAAAGAAUGGUCCACCUUUAGGGUUAAAAAAUCUCGGCAACUCUUGUUAUCUUAAUAGCGUCCUCCAGUGCUUGACCUAUACUCCUCCCCUCGCCAAUUUCUGCCUCAAGAGCCAACACUCCUCUUUCUGUGAUUCGACGUCGGAGGCGGACCGGAAGCGGGAUUGUCCCUUCUGCAUAUUAGAGAAGAGGAUAGUACGGUCCCUUAGCAUCGACCUUCCUCUCGAUGCUCCAAGCAAGAUCCAAAAUUGUCUCAGGAUUUUUUCCGAGCACUUCCGAUUUGGGAGGCAAGAGGACGCCCACGAGUUCCUCCGCUAUGUUAUCGAUGCUUGUCACAACACCUGCCUUCGUCUUAAGAAACUUCAGCAGCAGUGUCGGAAGGGGAACGAGUCCUGCAAUGGUGCUAGUGCCGGUGGUGGUGACACCAUUGUUAAGGAGAUCUUUGGUGGUGCCUUGCAGAGCCAGGUGAAGUGUCUCGCAUGUGGUGCGGAGUCUAAUAAGACCGAUGAUAUCAUGGAUAUCAGUCUAGACUUAUUCCAGAGUAAUUCCCUCAAGGAAGCCAUGCAGCUGUUCUUCCAACCGGAGCUCUUGGAUGGAAGCAAUAAAUAUAAAUGUGAGAAGUGCAAGAAGUUGGUGGCAGCCAAAAAGCAGAUGUCUAUUCUUAAGGCGCCUAACAUCCUUGUAAUACAACUCAAGAGAUUUGAGGGCAUACAUGGUGGAAAGAUUGAUCGGCCCAUUGCCUUCGAGGAGGUUUUGGUGCUUUCGAGCUACAUGUGUAAAGCAAGUCAGGAUUCAUGUCCGGAGUAUAACUUGUUUGGAACCAUUGUGCAUUCGGGUUACUCACCAGAGUCUGGUCACUAUUAUGCAUACAUCAAGGAUGCAAUUGGCAGGUGGUAUUGCUGCAAUGAUUCUCAAGUUUCACUUUCAACUCUGCAGGAGGUUUUGUCAGAGAAGGUUUAUAUUCUUUUUUUCUCUCGUAUUAACCAACGACCAAAGCCAACCAAAUCUGCUUUUGCAUCCAAUGGAGUAAAGUCUCCUAAUUGCAAUGGUAAUGAUGCAACGGGAAGGCCAAAGGCAGUUCUCCCAAUGAAAACAGUGCCAUCAAAACCAAAAAGGAUGAAUUCCCCCGAGAAUGGUUUAUCAACCAUGUCUAAGACUGGUAAGGUGCCUUCAGGCCCACGAAUUGACUUGAGAAAUUCCAAUAUGAAAAGCAUAUAUGCAAAUGGAAAUGGAAAUACAGUUGUUAAUAAGAGCAGUUCUGUAGAAAAGCGUGUGAAACCAAAAGAAUCUUUAGCUGUGGAUAGAAUUAAGAAUGAGGUGCCAUCAACAGUUGACUGGAAUGGUGCUAAUGAGAAUAGAGGUCCUGGUAGUGAAGGCAAACAAGUGUUAUCUUUACCGCAUCAAAAUGGUGAAAUCCAUAUUGGUGAUAGUUCAGUGAAAUUGGAAGUAUGUGAGAAUAAUGGUGCAGGAAAUUCGGUAGCAAUGGGAGGGUUGCCUAAUAGUGACCAUGCAGUAAGCAAAGACAAAGACCAUCGCCUCCCUGUACUCUCAGGUUCCAAAAGAAAAUCAGUGGACGAGACUUUCAUUUUGCUUGCACGUGAUGCUUCUUCUCUGACAAAGGUGCAGAAAUUUAAAGAAGUGCUUGCUAAGGAUGCUUCUUCAAGUCUGCGUUCGUGUGAUUGGCAUGAUAAGGUUUACCAUUUUAUGCAUGAGAGAAAGAGACAGUGUGCACGAGAACUAGGCAAUUCUUCUACCAAUAGCACUGAGAUAAAGAAGAUGUUGAUUGGAGAUGCCAAAGCAAACUUUAUCUCACAAAUUCCUGAACCAUUGAAGGAGCACCUGGUUGAAUGCCUUAAAUCAUUUAGCAUGGAAAAGUAGUUUCUGGAUCCUUAAACCACUGAAACUGUCUCUUGACAUCUUUUGCUAUUGAGGCUGGUGUAUAUUUUGUAUCUCUGAUGAAUGGAAACUUAUCAAUGAUCUAGCCAUCUUCCAAGACAUGGUUCCCGUAAGUAUGUUUUACAGCAUGUUUUGCACUAAAUGUUGCAGAUAGGUGGAAAUUUUAUGUCAUCAUUUGAUCAAGUCUUUGGUAAUUUUACUAUAUUUAUAGGUGCAUCUAUGAAACUUGGGUCCAAGUGGAGAAUCUGAAUUAGAUCCUCAUCAAAAAUUUUCUUCACCUUUCAGGCUGUGGAGUUUUGAUCUGGCAGGGAAUGAGUAUAGAUUUAUAUUCAUUAUGUAUGAUAUCCUUUUUUGACCAUAUUGUUAACCCAUCUUCCUUCUAUGAAUCUACAAUUUUUCAUCAAAAUAUGGCUGGAUAUAGCCUCCCGGAAAUAUAUUCAGUGAUUGAGUUUAUCCAUGAAUUAGAUAUGGCAUGUUUUCUCCGAAGUUGAUGACAUUUUUCCUGGUAGAAGUUGGUUUUUUUUUUGGAGAUUCUAAUUUUAUUUAUUAAUGUGUAAGCAUACUGACAUGUGAUUGCUCUCUGAUUCUUAUGUGUUGUUGCCUC